AUGAUCGCCAGGGAGAAUCCAACUUCAGGCAACACCAUGAAUGACUAUAGGCCACAGAGGCAUAUGCCCUUCAGAGGCCAGCAAGUUCUUUAUAGGUGGAUCACCUUAUUUCAACUAACUGCCCUGGUGCUGUCUUACAACUUUAGUGGCUGCAACCAUCACCAGAUUAAAAAGGAUUAUAAAUUUGUCAUAUUUGCCAGUCUGAACAAGAUAAACACUACUGGCCUUGAUGGGAUUAGUUCCUGCUCCAACACGGUCACUUGCCUGACGGUUAUAGAUCGGACCAGUCCCAAGGUGAAGAACUGUUCCUCGGAAGAGUUAAUGAAUCAGAUCCUCUCCACCCUGAGCAAGCACUGCCCAGACUACUCCGGAUGGCAGACACAACCAGACAACCAGAACAUUCAGAGCAGAAGGAAAAGAAGCAAAAGAAUAAGAAAUGAUAAAGAUAAGAAAAAUGAAUCAUGUUUUCAAAUACUUGCAAACUUAAAAAAAACCUGGCAGCAUUACAGUCGGAUACAGCCAAAAUGACGAGAAGAAUGAUGGUCUGUUAAUGCCUAUAGAUUCUGGAAAA